ACCAAUGAUUUGCGAGGGGUGGGACGCAAACCGCGUUGUGGAGGACGAUAGCGUCGGGGCCUAAGGGAUAUUAGCGACUGGCUGGAGAGAAAGAAGAAGUAGAUAUACAGGCGGCAGUGAGGAUGGUUUGCGGUGGCUUCACCUGUUCCAAGAAUGCGCUAAUUGCUUUAAAUGUGGUGUAUAUACUUGUCGGACUGUUACUUAUCGGAGUAGCAGCAUGGGGCAAAAGUUACGGCAUUGUUUCCAGUAUAAACAUAAUUGGUGGAGUCAUUGCUGUGGGGGUCUUCCUGCUUCUCAUUGCUGUUGUCGGACUUAUUGGAGCAGUCAAUCACCACCAAGUCAUGCUGUUCUUUUAUAUGGUUAUUUUAUUCCUGGUCUUUUUAAUUCAGUUUGGAGUCUCCUGUUCAUGCCUGGCUCUUAACCGAAGUCAACAGGAGCAUCUGCUAAAGUUGACCUGGAACAGAAUGUCAAAUGCAACCAAACAAGAUCUAGAACACCAGCUGAAUUGCUGUGGAUUUAUGAAUGAUACAGAGAAUAUUGCCAGCUAUUUGACUGAUCAUUUAUUGUGUAAAGAAGUCUGCAAACCAACUGGUUGUAAAACUUGUGGGAAUGUCAUGCUGACACAUUCUGGUCAGGCUCUAAGGAUUCUGGGUGGAGUGGGGCUUUUCUUCAGCUUCACUGAGAUCCUUGGAGUUUGGCUAGCUAUGCGUUUUAGGAAUCAGAAAGACCCUCGAGCAAACCCUAGUGCCUUUUUGUAGAACUUUCACCUUUCUCUGCACUGUCAUGACCGUUGUAUUCUCUAGCUGCUAGUCAAAAAAUCUUUCCCAGGGAUUAUUUUCAUCAAAGCUCAUACAUAUGGAAGACAGAAGAGGAUUGUCUGCUUACCUUCACGAAUGCAUGAUGGGAUGGAGCAAGCUAGCCAGACUCUUUGAAUUAUCAUGAUGCCACAGCUGAUGAGAUUCAAUGACAUCUGGUUUGUACUAACUGAAAGCUUCAUCCUUGAUGUGAAGUCCCUGGUUAUGUGACUAUAUUUGAGUGUAAGAACCAAACUUGAAAAAUGUGCAAACUGUUGAAAUAAUUUUUAAAAAUUUAGUCCAGAACAUACUGUUUGUUUAUGAUGUAGUUAGAUAUGUCGGGGUAAUAAUGCAUCAUUACAGCUACUAUUAAUGUUCGUCCAAAUUUUAGACUUGUUAAUGGAGGGGGGGGUGCAAAUUGAGGACAGGAGAGAAACUCCCUUUUAAAUAAAUGUUUUAAUUGAUCACGCCUUUUUAAUGUACAGUAAUUUUACAAGGAACCCUUGUCACACAUUAAAACUGUCAAGUUUGAACUCUGAUAAUUUGCAAUAGAGGAUUGAGUUGGAGAAGUUGUACUGAUUUCAAAUUCUCAAUGAACGUCCAGCUUCAGUACUGCUGCAACUUUGGAACUGUGGUAGUGAACAUAUUUGCUGAGGUCCUGCUUUUAGUUACACAAGUCCCAUGUCUUAGCUUCUGCUUUGGUGUGCAGCCAAAGUUUCCAGUUUACUCGUGCAUUCUAGUUAAUGGCGAGGGGUGUGAUUGACAUUCUGGCCAGUCUGGUAGUUGCAUUGUUCUUCCAAUUUCCUGUGGGACAGUUGUAGAUUUGUAGCUCCACCCUAUCUGGCAAUUGUAAUUCAACAGAGUGCCUUUGAAGUAAAGGGAGGGAGGGACCAUAUAUGUGAAGAGUUAACUCUUUUUUUUGUCUAAGACCUGGUUCAAAUUAUCUGUCAUAAAGACUCAAGACCAUAUUACGAUUGUUUGGCUUUGGUGUUUAAAAUAGUUACGCCAAUACCACUGUACUGUGAUGUACCAUUAUACUUCCAGCCUUUUGUUGUUCUUCCUAAUUGUUUAAGGGAGUGGUCUAAAGAUGUAUUAGAGCCAUGUCUGAUUUUGUAUAUUCUGGAUUACAGUGCUGAAAGUCGAGGCCACACUGCUGCUUUUCCUAUAGUGUAGACCUAUGUUCCAUACCACAUUAGAAUUCAAAGGGAUAGCGAGUUUUGAGAAGAUUUGUAGCUCAGGUUGAGGUUCUGGAUGUGAGUUUGCUCGCUGAGCUGGAAGGUUAGUUUUCAGAUGUUUCAUCACCAUUCUAGGUAAUAUCUUCAGUGACCCUCC